GGGGCUCGCCUGCGCCCCGGAAGCUGCCCCUUCUCGGGGGUCAAGAUGGGCAGCAAAAUGGCGUCUGCCAGCAGGGUCGUGCAGGUAGUCAAGCCACAUACUCCAUUAAUAAGGUUCCCUGACAGAAGAGACAAUCCUAAACCCAAUGUAUCAGAAGCUUUGAGAUCAACAGGGGUACCAUCUCAUUCUGCAAUUUCACAGCAUUCUAAGGGAAGUAAAUCACCAGAUUUGCUGAUGCAUCAAGGUCCACCAGACACUGCAGAAUUACUAAAAUCAUUACCUCAGAAAUACAGAAGGAAACUUGUGUCUCAAGAAGAAAUUGAAUUUAUCCAACGUGGAGGUCCAGAAUAA